UUGUAGGUUUCAAAAGUCAACGUGGUAAAAAUAUUGUUAUUUCUGCUCCCUCAUUCCCUCUCUCUCUCUCACUCCUUCCCUCUAGACUCUAUCUCCCCUGGCCCUUCUCUCUCUCUCUCUUUCCCUCUAGACUCUCUUCCCUUCUCUCUCCCUCUCUCUCUACAACUCCAGCUCUUUCUCUCUGGCACGGGAAUAAAAUGACCAGUUCGGAAGACCAGUCUAGUGCCGUAGCGGCCGGAGCUGCAGCAGCAAUGCCAGCACUUGACGCCAAUGACGGUGUGCAAUGCGUAGUCCCUUCGUCAGUCCAGAGUCGAGAUUUGAAUGAGGAUGAGUUCGACGCUCGACUAGCAUGUUUGGCGACCAGUGGCCACCUCACCAAUGCCGAGCAAUUGCAGUUGGUAGCGAGCCUGAUAGCGCAGACCGUUUUCAAACCUGCGGACGUGGCGCUCUCGCGCCUGCGGGCGAUCCGACCCGCCGCGGAAGCGUUCGUACGGCGCCUGACGACAGCGGAAGAGCAGCAGGCUUGGUCUCGCUAUGUGCUGGCGGCGCCGGUCGAGCCGCAGUGCCGUCGCACGGCGCUGCACAUAUGCGCGGCCUCGGAUCGCUACCAGCAUGCCCUGGUGCUACUAAGGAUGGGCUGGGAUGUUGACACGCGCGACAUCCGCGACUGGACGCCGCUGCGCACGGCGUACGUACACGGCAGCGAGCGUGUGAUGCGUCUACUUUACGAGCAUAGCCGUGAUCGGGAAUCGAGAGCGUGCAUAGAGGAACACGACUUGCUACUGCAGCAUGUCACUACUACUAAUAGGAGUCCUUCGGCCAUGGACGCAGACUCGGACAGCACUGGAUCUGCGAGCAGUAGUGGUGACGUCGUGAACAUCCACCGCGCCAUUGUGCGCAACGACACAAGCCUAGCCCUUCGUCUCAUCGAGUCGUGUACGGAAACACACGGCCACGGUGGUGGCGGUGGUGGUGGGGAGGUGCCGUCACUGGCGGGCACGGUGUAUGCAGUGCACCACCCGCUGAAUUUCAUCGACGGCAGUGCAAGCUCGGCGUCAAGCCAGACUAGCGUCGUGGACACGGUGUCGGACGCGGGCCAGAGCGCUCUGUUCUACGCGGCCAUGCUGGGACGCGGCGACGUGGUGCGGCGCCUCGUGCGCGUGCCACACGUGCAGCUGAGCAGGCAGCUGCACGGCCUGCGACUGACGGCACUCGCCGCGGCCAUGUGUCGCGGCCACGAGGAUGUCGUACGAGUGCUGCUGGCCGCCGGCUCCACCGCGGAGUCCGGCAACGCGGCAUUGCGAGUGUCCGACAUCGUGCACGGCUUUCUCUACGGCGUGUUCUCCCCGGACCCCGCGUGUCUGCGGCUGCUCUGCGAGGACGCGCGCACACAUCCGUGCCGCGAGCAGGCGCUCGCCGAAGCGGCCCUGUUCACCGCCUGCUCCCUGGGCUGCCAGGGCACGGUGCGAGCAUUGGUGGAAGCCGGUGUGGAUGUCAACACCAACGCAUGGUCAUUGAAUGGGGAAACCCCUAUAAUGCGAGCCAUGUACCACGGUCAUGCCGAGGUAGUCGAGUAUCUCUCCACCUGUCCUGGCAUAACCUACUCAGGAAUAUGCCAGCCGUAUAUGCGAAAUGAAAGUAUCCUGCAUCGCGCCGUGUAUGGUGGAAGUGUCUGGUGCUUAAAGAAGGUCUUGACUGAACAUACAGACUCGGGUAUCCAUGACAACCAUGCCGGUCUCAAGCCGUUCUCCAUGGCAGCACGCUACAACCAGCGUCUUGCGCUGCGCGUCUUGCUGCAGCACGCAAUGGCUGGCGAGCGGCGCCUUCUCCACGCCAGGGCCGAUUGCCAUGACGACGGCGGCGGAGCCGCGGGCCCACCACCGCCGUUACCGCGCCGACUGGGCGACGCCGUGAUCGAGGCGCGUCGCCAUGCCGACCCGGGUCUGAUGGAGACGAUGCUGGCGUCGUCCGUGUACCCGCUGCGGUGGUGGGCGGCUGCGGCCGUGGCGCUACGCCUGCCCACGGAAUCCGACGCGGCGCUGCUGCCGCUACCGGAGACGGUGAAGGAGCAGGUGCGUGAGUUUGUGCCGUACAGUGACGGCGACGUGUCUCGUUUGGAGCACGAGCCAAGCGCUCCCCGCUGACACGACCCGUGGAAGUAUUGGUAUACUACAGUGUUCUUGAACGCGGUGAGAGUGUGCAGCGCACUAGCAAAACACUCCCCGCUAACUUCCCCUCAGGAAGUAAUUGUAUUAUGUGAGAGUGUUCUUGAACGCGGUGUGAGUGUGUUCUGUGAACGGGUGCUCACUCAACAGCUUGGAGGUUGACAAUGUAACGGCCAAACAUUCUGUGUGAUGCUUGACCUUACACUAUACACCGCCGUGAUCAAUACCCUACUCUCGGCACUCCUUGUGGUCUUUGGUCUGCUGGUGCUCCAAUGCAGCCUGUUCUAUGGAUACUGUGAUACAGUCUGUUCUGUGGAUACUCUGAUGCAGUUUAUUCUGUUGAUGUUCUGAUACAGCCUGUUGAGUGUUGUGUGGAUCCUCUGAUACAGCCUGUUCUCUCUUCUGUGGAUACUCUGAUUCAGUCUGUUCUGUGGAUACUCUGAUGCAGUCUGUUCUAUGGAUACUCUGAUGCAGUCUGUUCUGUGGAUACUCUGAUGCAGUCUGUUCUGUGGAUACUCUGAUUCAGUCUGUUCUGUGGAUACUCUGAUACAGUCUGUUCUGUGGAUACUCUGAUGCAGUCUGUUCUGUGGAUACUCUGAUGCGGUCUGUUCUGUGGAUAGUACUCUGAUGCAGUCUGUUCUGUGGAUACUCUGAUGCAGUCUGUUCUGUGGAUACUCUGAUGCAGUCUGUUCUGUGGAUACUCUGAUGCGGUCUGUUCUGUGGAUACUCUGAUGCAGUUUAUUCUGUUGAUAAUCUGUUGGUUACUAUGGUCACCAUGGUUACACACUUGGCAUGGCCGUUGCCGCGUGACUGUUGCUCUCUGCCCUUAGCAUUGUGUCGACGGGUAACUAUGACAACCACACCGGAGCGGCAUUGUGUCUGACAGCCGUGAGAUUCUCUGCCUGCGCAUUGUGUCUGACAGCCAUGAGUUGAGAUGUUCACGCCGAGCGCCAGUGGAUAUCGGCUGGCGGCCCAGAGAUCUCGAUGUCGUGCUACCCGUCGUAUGCUCAGUAUCCGAUACACUGUACCUUGAGGCUUCGUGAUGCACUCAUCUCCUCCGAACACCCCCCCCCCUCCCCUCACUCACGCACGCGCACACCCACACACUCACACCCACAUACGCACCCUCACUCACGCACGCGCUCACACACACACACACUCACACACACACACACACACACACACACACAUAUGCGCGCAUGCAUACACAUACGCAUGCACGCACACACAGACUUUGUUAUACUACAGCACAUUUAGAAAUAUGUUGAGCUCCGUGCUCUUUGAAAAUCCGAUUUACGCCACCACGAUUUAGACUCCAUGCUGAACUUAGGACACCUGUUACUUCUUGACUUGUGUGUGGUUUGGUGUUUGACCUGUGACUUCGUCAGUUGAGUUUUGAUCAGCUGGUGGAAUUCCGCAAAACUUGGCCGAAAUAUGUAAACUUCCAAAAUUAAUUUUAAUUAAAAAUGUCGUACAGUCAUAUUCUCUUUUUAAAACUCGUCGCCAUUCACUGGGUGUUGUUUCUUCUGUGGUGAUACAGUCAUUCACUGGGUGUUGUUUCUUCUGUGGUGAUACAGUCAUUCACUGGGUGUUGUUUCUUCUGUGGUGAUACAGUCA